CUAACGGUUCCCCCUCGAAUGAUGAACUAUGUCAACCGGAAAGGAGAACACGUUUAUGCUGGUUAUAUGUAUGCCGUUAUGUUGGAGUUCAUAAGACGUCACAAUGGCACACUGAAGAUCUUGACUCAUACAGAUAAAUUGGGUAUUGUUCACGUCGCUGAGGUCAUGAUUGCAGCAAAGCAAAUUGAUUUCGCCUGCUAUCCCAAGGAGCCCAAGUGGAAUUUGUCGGGCACGGCGCCGUUGUUUCUUCUGAAAGACUAUAUUGCAGUUCCACAUGCACAACCCAUUGCCAGCUAUUGGUACUUUGCUCAGCCCUUUACUUGGACAACUUGGCUGGGUGUGAUAGCCUCGGUUAUAUACGGCAUGUUAAUGCUCUACGGAUCGCACAGAUCUGAAUUUGGAGUUCACUUCCUCAGCAGUUGGUGUCAUCUAUUGUAUCUACCUCAUCCACGAAGUAUGAUCAGAAAUUGGCAGCAGUGUUUGAUACAUUUCAUUCUGAUUCUCAGUGGAUUUAUAUUAACCAACACGUAUCUGACGAUGUUGUCGAGCAUGCUAACAUCUGGAUUAUUUGAGCCCCAGGUUAACACUGUGCAAGAGUUGCUGCAUACUCCUUAUCGCUUGAUAACAUCCGCCUACUAUGUACAAUACUUUAAAAACGCAUCUUCGGUUCCAGAUGAACUAGUAGACAAUGCUUAUAUUGCUUCUACAGAAGAGAUUGACAGAGUUCGAGCUGGGCUGAAUACUAGCUUCCUGUACAUUGCUUAUGGGGACCGCAUGGAUUGUCUUUUGUAUCAACAACUCUUGUUGAAAGCACCUCGAUUUAAGAAACUGUCAUUGGGAUCAGAAGCUUUUUUUUCAUUUCCAGUUGCCUCAUCCUUACCAUAUUUAAGCAUGUUGAAUACUUAUUUGCAACGCAUCUAUGCUAGUGGAAUUUUUAUGAAGAUGAUGCUUACUAUCCUUAUCCAACAGUUCGAGAGUACAAAUUACGACAUAUCAUCGAGUUUAUUAACAGAUGGCGAUUACUAG